AGAGUUUGUGCCACAUAUCCGUUGAGAAGCAGCAACUUUAGUACAGUCAGACUUGAAGUCCAGCGGCGAGAACUGCUCCUCUCUUUCGCUCUCAGGAUGUUUUCCCGGGACUCUUGUUCAAUAUCUGGAUAUAUAUCCGGUGGAACUUAACCGCAGACUUUGGAAAUAACUCACAUUUGUGGAAACUUUUGUCGUAGCUAAUGAAGAAGAGCUAGUUAAACGAACCGUAACGAAGAUUAGCUAACGAAGCUAACAGCCAACAUUCAAUGAGAGGAGAAGUGAGCGGUUCUGCAGGUUUAUUUGGAAGCCAGAGACUACCUUUAGGUCUCUAUAACAAGUAGUUUGAGCUUUUUAAAGCUACUAUGGAGAACUGCAGCAUGGAUCACAAUAAGCAUAACGUGUUUUGUGGGUUGAGAUCUGUGCUGUUGUUAUCAGUUGUGAGAGAUUGCGUUCAUUGAUUUGGCCGUUCCCUGGUCAAACACCUACUAUGAGGUUGCUAGGAUACUUCUCAGAGGAGGUGUGCUAAAAGCUGAGAUCAUCGUUUCUCAUUUUGCAAAGAAAUGUCCGACUUGGAAAGUUCAUAUUUGGGUUUGGGGGAUCCGCAGUGGCUAUGCAUGGUCACACUCUUCUUCGCAUCCCUGGUUACUCUCCUGCUGUAUUUCGUACAGUAUUUCCAACAAGGGGGAAAUAAGAAGAAGAAGCAGGCAGAGGACAAUGCGGAGAAGGAGGAAGAAGCUGCUGCUCUGCUGGGAUGGGCGCUGUCACUGAGGAGCUGGAAGAGCCAGUGGAGAGGAGCUUGGUGCAGGGCUCUGAAUAACCAAUCAAGGAAGCGUGGGAGUCCUGUUCUGUUGACCUUUGAAGAGGAUGAUGUUGAGGCAUCGGAGCUCACGGUCAGCCAAGUGUCCAGCUUUCAAAAGUCUGCCAGAAACAAGGCCGCUCGCUGCAAUGUGGUUGGGGAGAAGCUUCAGUUCUCUGUCAGUGCAGCGUCGACAGCCAUGGCUACAGCGGAUCCUCGUAAAUACACAGUCUGUAUAGCUCCACUGGAGAUGCAGCUUGACCUACAGAUGCAAGAAGCUGCCGAUGAGGUCAAGGUGAGCUGGGGAGUGUCUCACCUGGAGACAGGGGAGCUGCAAGUGACACCCUCUUUCACCCAGGACAAUGCCAACACUUCCAGUGUGGCAGCCAUUAAGGAGCAGUUGAGGAAGCUGAUAUGUGCGACGCGUCCCUCUGUGUUGCUGAGCUGCAGGGCUGCUCAGGCCUCAGAGGUCAAGGAUGCACGCAACAACACGCUUUCGCCCCCAAAACCCCCCCGUGCUCACGAAUGGAAGCUGCUGGUGAAGAACAUCCGGGUGACACUGAAUCAGGAGGAGGACGCUGCAGGCAGCGUGAAUCCUCUGUGUGUAAUGCAGUUAGACGAUCCUCCACAGAGGUUUAACACCUCUAUUUUGAAGAACACAACCAAUCCUGCCUGGGACCAGCCCUUUAUCUUUGAAUUGAAUGGACGAUCAAAAGAGCUCAAUAUUCAGUUAAAGAAUGAUGGACAACCUCAAGAGAAUUCAUUACUUGGUCAGGUGUCAGUGCCUUUCGAUCUUGUAAAGAAGCAUCCCAAAGGACACCAAACAUUUGCACUCAUGACCAAAGAUGUAGUGACUGGAUCACUUACUACUGAUUUUACCUACUUGGAGCCCAGUGAGGUGAGGUCCUGGCACCCUCCCACCCCAGCCUCCAGUAAGAGGGUGGAGAUGGACCGUACAGUCAUGCCCUGUGGCACGGUCGUCACCACCAUCACCGCGGUGAAGAGCAAGCCGGGUCGACCGCCCCCUCUCGGGCUCAACAUAGAUCCUGCCCAGAAAGCGGUGGCCAACAAGCCCAAGCUGUCAGAGCGCCGUGUAUCAGAGCAGGUGUCUCUGCCGGGGGCCACAGUCAGCAAGGCCUUGUCCUCCUCUGACACCGAGCUGCUGAUGCUCAACGGCACGGACCCGGUGGCCGAGGCCGCCAUCAGGCAACUCCACCAGUCUGCCAAGCAGAAGCUCAAGUCCCCAGUGAGGAAGAGCACCAUCAUCAUCUCUGGCAUCGCUAAAACGCCCUUGACUCAGGAUGACGAGCUGGCUAUGAUGGCAGGCUACGCUGCAGCGAUGGACGCCUCGAUGUCAGAGGCCAGCUCCACUCACGAUAUGACCACAGCGAUUGCGUCAGGGACCAGCAGCCCUCCAGAUGAGUCUGAGCCCCAGGAAGGCCCCAGUGGAAUAGGCCGGCCUCCGGAGGACUGGGAGAGCCAAACCGGAGAGGAACUAGACCAUACCUCGCUGUCCAUGUGUGUGUCCGAGGCAAGCUGCAAGAAGAGAAGAGGCAGCUUCCUCCAGAAGAGUGCCAAGCUCUUCUUCCGGCGGCGUCACCAGCGCAAGGACCCGGGGAUGAGCCAGUCCCACAAUGACCUGGUAUACCUGGAGUCUCCGGCCGCAGUGGAACGGGCCAGCCGAACAGCCACGCUUAGCCGCAUGCUCACCCGCAAGAGUAAGAAUAAGAGCAAAGCCAACGGCGCUACCUCCAUGGGGGAUCCACAUGCGUGACCCCCCCCCCACUCCUUCUCCCUCUCACCUCAGUCCCUCCUACAACGACUACCAUCACCACCUCCACCUCAAUCCUGCACUGGCUAAAUUCCUGGCUAACUUGCUCCCCCUAAUGCCCAAACUGCAUAUUGGGGCUCCUGUAUUGUGAAUGGGAAAGCUGUGCAGAUGGAAAAAAAAUAUCCUCUGUUACUGCCGUUUCCUGCUUCCUACAAGAAGCAGUUAUUCCACCAAGCAAGUGUGCGCAUGAGUGAAUGAAGGUCUCCUGUCCUGGAUUAAUGGCAUUUUGGAGGAUAUUAUUUUGCAUGUUUCUUAUAUCAAAAUUUAUGCAACAUUUUUGAAAUCUCUUAGUGCUUUUGUGGCCUUGUGACCGACAGAAGGGAGCGGUGUGGGGCUGUCACUCUUUACCUCACCGACACUGAGGGCAAACUCUCCCUGCUGUAACCCGUAAAAAUUCCUACGGUGGACCAACAGGACCAAAGAUGAACAGAGGAGUGGUGUUUGUAUGAUUUGCACAAUUUUAGUAUCUUUAUUUAAAGUGCAAUGACAGGAGCGCCUCUACUCUGAUAGAGAUUUGUGUUCAAAAAACAUUCACAAAGGGAGACGAUCUUUCCAAUGCACGGCCGGUGCAAGUGGGAGAUAGUGAUAUGACUACUUUUUGACACUAAUACUAUGAAAUAUGGUAUUUAUAUUCAUUUUAAAUUCUUUUAAUUUUAUUCCGCAUAAAACAAAACAGCUAUUUGUAAUGUGCAUAUGAAAGCUGUAAAACAAAGUUAUCCGCAGCCUUAUGUCUAACAAAGAUAUCAGAACGAGUCUUGUAUGAUUGGCAUGUACAGAGGUCAUUAAAUAAGGGAUAAUGUACAGCGGGCCGGUCAUUGUUGUGAAAUAAACCCUGACGGGGGUCUUGAAUCGCCCUGAAUGGGUUUAUUUCACAACAGUGACCUGUUAGCUGUACAUUAUCCCGCUUAUUGCACGGCUACUUACUUAAGAAAUCAAUAAUUUUUUCACAAAAGUGGUCCACCAGAGUCCGAUAUCAGAACUGCGCCCGUAGCAACAGUCUGUUAUACAUAGCAACAGUCUGGUAUGAAGAAAUAACCGACCGUAGAACGCCUUUAUUGGCCAAUCAGAAUCGAGUAUUCAACAAAGCCGUGUGAUAAACGUAAGUUAUCACUGUUACAAAACGAAAAGAAGAAGCAGUGACACUGUGGCUGACAUGAAACUUUAGCUAUAUGUGAGUGUUUUCAAAUGAUAUGCAACUUUCUUCUUUGUCUUCCUGUACACUACUGUUAUCAGCAGGUUUGUUACUGUGUCAAAAGGGAAGUGAAUGAACCUUUAUCCAGGGACUGUGACGUUACACUCGGCUGUAUUUGUCGCAUUACGUACUAAUGAAACGCGUUCAGCGCUCAUUUCAUCCGAAUGAUUCUUUUAUUGGGUGUUUUAUUGUUUUCAAAAGAUGUAGCUUUGAACACAUGAACAAGAGACAGUGUGAACACCUUUGGGAGCAACCAAAUAGUUUGGCUGCUUUCCUUUUUUUUUAUCCAGCUAAUGAUUGUAUUUCCUUUAUGUGAGCAGCUUGUUGAAGACAUUUUCUGUACAUCCUGGCAACUACUGUUUCUUCAAUAAUCUGCUCAGAGAACGGACGCAGCAGAGACAGACAGAACUAACAGGUUGCCUUACAGUUAUUCUGAGGAUGACGUCACGGGGUGGGCUUGUCCUUUUGACUUGACGUGACUUUUGGUUCCUGAGGCUGCGUCCACCGUCACACCAGAGGACUGAAGGGCUGUAGAGAACUGUUGGGACUGGCUCCGAGAGACGAGGGUGCCACCAUGUUCCUGCACCAUCAGCAAUGUCUAUAAUCAAGAAGCCUAUGCACAUAACAUAUCUGUUAACCGAGUGUUUACAUUAUUAGACUAUCUGAGAAUUAAAAACACUCACUUGCUGUUCAUGACACUGUCCUGCAGAUACAGUGUGGGUUGUCUUUGUGUCUUGGUAUUUACAGUACACGCUCUGCUCUCUGGAGUCUGUUUUAAAAUAUAUAUACAAAAGCCCAGAUUCGGGCUGAAGAAACUUUGAUUACCUUUCAGACAGAAUCCCCUUUAAACUCUGAGGACAGGAGGGGGAAACGGGUUGUUUUAAUCAUGCUCAGCUUCAGAGCCCUUGCUUAUGGCAGCCUGCAAGCAUUGGCUACUGUUAUGCAUUCAGUAAGCAGUAUGUGAUUAAUAAACUACUUCCUGAUGUUUUUUUUAUUGGCAUCUGCUCUGUGCACUGACACAGAGUGACAUAGCUAUUGUUGCAGAAUGUCAGUCAUUUCCCUGCAGGGAUUGUAACUAAUAUACAUAUCGAGUUAUUUCAUUUUCAGCAAUAAAUAUUGAUUGAAUAACUGAGAGCGUGGUGCUACUUUGAAUAUCCAGGCUGUAGGGAAUUCUCCUUAGUGCUCCGGUAGCUUGUAAACCUGUACAUGUCGAUGUGCUAUUCCACUUCUGUUACUUUACAGAAGCUAUGUUAUAAUUUUGCAGAUUAUUUUCAAUACAGAACAAAUCAAGUUCUAGCACAUGAUACAUGUUUCAGUGAAAACAAAUCUCCCUCCUAUCAACUGAUCUUGGUCUAGAAUUGAGUCCCCGGGAGGUAUAUUUUCUCA